CUGGAGAACAUCCCCUCCCCAGCUAGGCUAAUUGUUGGAGAGUUGUGCUUGAAAUUUGCUUGUAGAUUGAUCAAUGGAUCCACUUGACAUGGCAGAUCUUAGCAAAGCAGUUGAGGGAGUGAAUUUAUCAAAUCCCCUGGAAGAUAACAACACAGCUGGUAAGCAAAAAUUAGUGGCAGGGAGAACAGCUCUGGGGAUUGCACAAGGCAGGAUUGAAAGGAAAAGAUUGAGCGAUAAGGCUUAUCGUGACCGACGUAAGGAAGAGAGAAAUAAAAUGCAGGAUGAGUUACAUAAGCUUACAGUAGAAAACAAGCAUUUGAAGCUCGCAAUUCAAUCGUUAAAGGCUGAAAGACAUUCUAUGAAUCUGAAAUUGCAAUCUGCAACGACGGCGACAAAACAACUCCAAAAUGCAGUUAACAAAAGGAGGCGUCAAAAUGUUGAUGCAGGAAAGCAUUUGACCAAACCCAAAAUUUAAGGAAACUUGCUUUACACUCCACCAGUCACGGCAAUCAAGAUCAAGAAGAACCAAUUCAGCUCCACAAUUCAGGAAAGAUUUGUUAGACAUGAUGAUAAUUUCCUUGAUUUUAUCUUUGUUACGUUUGUUUGCAUUGAAAUCCUUUAAUUUCCUAGUAUUAAGGCUGAUUUUGAGGAUAAGAAUUAGCUUGUAAUUUGCCUUUAUUAUAAA